AUGAAUUUUCCCCUCCGAUUCUUUAUUUUGCUGCUCGUCGCGGCGGAUUGCGUGGACGGCGCUCGGACCGCGCAUAUGGUGCUCGAGAAUCAUAUGGGCCGAGUUCAGAAUGCGUUGGUUUCGAGGAAUUUCGUCGAGCUCCGACGCUUGAUUCGACCGGGUCCAGGCGCCGAGCAGAUUGUCCGACAACUCGACAACUUUUUCGGUAUUCGCAUCAUCACACAAAGUGCUCGGUACACGGGACCGUCGGAAAUCGAAGGAACCGUGCGGAUCAUGUACAACCAGCACCAUCCGGGCUUUCUCACUUGGGCGCUUUUGAGAAAAGUGAGUUUGGACCCACUUGGGAUCGGCGCCAAAACUUUGCAGACCCAUCGGAUCAUCUGGUCCCGAGUUGUUCAGGUUUAAAGUCAAAAAGGCUCCAAAUUUGAUCGGAUCGAUCUGAAACUUGGAUCCACAAUUCCUCUAACCAAGACCCAUAGGUCUGCAAAUUUUGGGCUCAAUCGGAGCAUCACAAGUGGUCCCAACGCCCGGGCCCAUUCAGGUCCAACCACGUUACCUAGAAACCGGUAUAUCUCAGCAACCGGUGAAGAUAUAAAAAUUUUGUCAACUGACAAAAUGUUUAUCAUGAAAUUGUGCACAUUUUAUCAAUUCACAACUUUUUUAUAACUCUACAACCAAUCCAAAUACAUCAUGAUUUGAGGAUGCGCCCGCUGGAGCUCCGUGGAAACUUGCCGAACUCAACCAGUUAGGAUGA